GUGUGACAGGUCGGCAUUACCUCCGGAAACCAGUAGCUAAGGAAGUGAAAGGGAAGUGGGGUACCGUGUAUAACAUUCCGCCUGUCGUAGCGACACAGGCAUGUCCGAGCCCGGGUCCCCGCCUCUACCCCCGAUACCCGCCGCCUGAGAGCGGGAGCCCGGGGACUGGCCGAGAGAAGAGGGGCCACCCCCUCAGGUAAAGACUUUAGAGAGUUUGUCUUGUGUGAGGACACAUACAACGACAGUAUUCUCUACACAGAUGUCUUCAUUCCAAGCGUCUUCACAUCACCAUGAUGCUUUACCUACAUCCCCUGGAGAACCUGAAGUCCUACAUUAGCAGUCGCCCACCUUUGGUUGUGUUCAUGGUCAGUGUUAGUGGGAUGGCCAUAGCCUUCCUGACACUUGGUUACUUCUUCAAAAUGAAAGAAAUCAAAUCGCCUGAGAUGACUGAGGACUGGAACACAUUCCUCUUGAAGUUUAAUAACCUGGACUUGUGUAUAUCAGAGAAUGAAACCUUAAAGCACCUUCUCAAUGAUACUACCCCACCUGAGAGCACAGCGACCACUGGCCAAGCAAGGUCGUCCACUCAGACCCCGCAGGCUCUAGAUGAUUCUGGGCCCAUAAAUAUCUCGGUGGCAGUUACGUUGACUUUGGAUCCAUUAAAGCCCUUUGGAGGUUAUUCUCGUAACAUCACACAUCUGAGCUCCACAAUCUUUGGCCACCAAAUUGGGCUUUCAGGCAGAGAUUCCCACGAGGAAAUGAAUGUUACCUUUACACUGCCAACUGCUUGGAACUCUGAUGAUUGUAUCCUCCACGGACACUGCGAACAGGUGGUGUUUACCACGUGCAUGACAGUGACCGCCAUGAGCAGUGUCUUUCCAGUUACUCUUCAGCCUCCUCACUGUGUUCCCGAGACAUACAGUAAUGCCACUUUGUGGUACAAAAUCUUCACCACCGCUCGUGACUCCAGGACAAAGUAUGCUCAAGACUAUAACCCUUUCUGGUGUUAUAAGGGCGCUAUUGGAAAGGUGUACCAUGCUUUAAACCCUAAACUAACCGUUAUUAUUCCAGAGGAUGAUCGCUCACUGAUAAAUCUGCAUCUGAUAGACACAAGUUACUUCCUGUUUGUGAUGGUUAUCACCAUGUUCUGCUAUGCUGUGAUCAAAGGGAGACCAAGCAAGCAAAGACAAAGCAACUCAGAUUUUUUCCCUGAAAAGGUGGCUUUGUCUGAAGCAUAACCAUCUCGCCUCCAUCACUAUGAAUAGAUGCAAAUGGAGUCAUAGCCUGUUGACCCCACCAAGUGAAUGUGUCCUGAGUCCUUCUUAUGAGGAGGGAGGAAUACAUACUUUGCAAUGUUGGUUUGGUCCAACCAAAGACAUUUCAAGUGCCUGUAAUUGAUUUGUACAUAUUUAUAAAUAGGUGCACUUAUAGAGGCUUGGUGCACAUUUUCACCCCUCAUGUCUGUGGACUAGCCAACUUUUGUUUGUGUAGAUAUGUCUAGUGGCUAGCAUACUGAAGACGAAACCUAUGUCUUUCCCCCAGUGUGUUGAGCAACUGCACUUUUCUGUACCUAGUAAGAAUAAACCUAUCCUCUUGCUUGAAGAGUAAACUGCUGGAAAAGGAAGCGUCAUCUGUCUUGGAAGUAAAAGAAAAAUGAUUUUUGUCCAAAUCUAUUUACCAACAGUCACACUGUGAAAUGAAGUAAAAACAAUGCAUCUGAAAAAAUGGGAUUAUUGGUAAGGCUAUAUGUUUUUCACGUGCUUGGUUUAAAAAAAAAAAAAUGUACAUGACACAUAACAAAUAUAACCUAACUUUUUGUUUUUAGUUCAGAUGGGUAAGAAAUGCAUUUCUGCACAAGAUAAUGCAGAUUGAGUCGCACUUAACGAGUAGGUAGAAAUGAAUCAUAGAGGCGGUAAGAGGUAAGCUUUUGCUAUAAAGCUUACUGUAUGCAGACUAUAUACACUGGCAACAAUAGCAAUGUAGUUACAUGUACCACACAGAUGAAAAAAUAGAAACUCAAUAUAUCUGGUGUUUUCAUUAGGACUUCAAUGUUUUUCAGUAGUCACUACUGCAGGGACACAUGCAGUGUGGUUACAGUAAGUAUUAGGUUUGUGUUAGACAACCAGUCCUAGAAAGUACAAUGCCAAGUAAAAUAUAGUGGACUCUUUCUGUGUGUAUAUGUGGCGCAAGAGACACUUUUUGUGAUUUUUGUUUGCUGGAUAAUGCACCAAAAGUCUGAAGUGGAGAUGGGGCACCAUUUAGCUUUUAACCAAGAUUUUGCUUUGAAAACACUUAUUAUACUGUUAUUUUGCAGAUUUUAAAGUUUUAAUUGAAUCCUUGUAAUGACAAAUCACAAUGUCUUCUGAUUAGUUUUACAGCGUUUGUUUUGUUUACUGAAUAUGGAAUUAUGGAGAACGUGGCUGUAUGGAAUGCUUUUUGGCUUUAUGAAUAAAGCUAUUCCCAUUACUGUGA